AUGGUUGAAAAUUGGUGGUUGUUCAGCUUGUUUGAUUUUGCGAACGCUUCGCGGUUGAAACCCGGGAUCCGCCUCGCCCAAGCCGUGUCGCAGCUCGAAACGGACCUCUCUAGCGAGCAGAAAGCUGGACUCCGAAUUCAAAACUUACAGCUGCAUUUCUCACCUCCCGAUCAGAGCGAUAUCAUGAGGCUUACUUCCGGGAUCGACAAUACUUCUGGACUUGUUGCUGGUAGACGAUGUUUCGGUCCGCGGCUGACAAGUUUCCUUCACGCCGUUCAGCAAUUCGCAGCGCUUGGAGAUGUAAUUCUUGGCGGUAGUCAGAACCUGUCAAUGGCCACAUACUCAUCAUACCUGGACAAGCUAUCGAGCCUUUUUAUGGAUAUUGGUCGCUCCGCUCCCCGCUAUCAAAUUAUGGCCCUUCUCUAUCCGCAAUCGAAACGGUUGCAGGCCAGUCUUGCCGAGUAUUAUAUUGUGGUUGUCGGCUUCUGCCAUCAAAUAUGGAAGUUUGCACAGAAAUCAGCCAUCACCAAAUUCGUAUCCGCCCUCAGUGACUCGGAUGUAAGGACGGACCAGUCUAACCUAGAGAGCUGGGCCAAUACAAUCAAAGAAGAGGUAAACCUUCUUAUGGCCAAGAAGGUCCAUGACGAUGGCCACGAAAUUACUGGAAUCAAAGCACUUACGACUUGGAAGCAAACUCGAAAACUCGGACACUGCUCUCUGUAUUCCCGAUGCACUGUAUACCUGGGUUGGAGAAGCCGUGCGAGUUCUUCGACCCUGAUAUAUAUGGGCAAGCUGGGAUCUGGAAAGUCCGUUCUUCUGUGCAAUAUCGUGCACGACCUCAGUACCUGGGUUGAAGGAAAACCCACUCCCGUUGCUUACUUCUUUUGUCGGCAUGACAUCCCCGAAAGUCUCAAGGCUCGGACAAUCUUUGGAUCUCUUGCUCGACAAUUACUUAUCUCAAUCCCGGACUUGGUGUUAUCAAAAGAACUUCCUGACGAGACCACUUCACAUCUGGAUGUCGAAGAUGUAUGCCGUCUUCUUCAGCGCGUCUUCCCAGAAAAUACCCCCGCAUACGUUGUACUUGACGGGAUUGAUGAAUGCGACUUUACGAUUGGAGAUCUAUUAGUUCAGCAACUCCAGAAGCUCCAGGGAACCGUCACUCUUCACCUUUGCGUUUCAGUCCGCCUCGAUCCGGCUAAGAACCAAAGUUUGAGUCUUGAAGGACUCGUUGCUUCCAGGACAGUUUUCAUGCCUGACGACAAUCCCGACCUUGAGGCGUAUAUUGAUGGAGAGAACCCUGUGAUCAUUUCGGACAUACAGCGGAAACUCAUGAAGGGAUCGCAAGGCAUGUUUUUAUGGGUCGCUCUUCAACUUCAGUCUCUUUGCACGAUGAGGACAGACGACGAAAUCCUCCAGGCACUAGAUCAUCUUCCGAAAGAACUUCCGGAAACGUAUACUCGCAUCCUUCAGAGAUCCGGAGAGCAGGGCAGCGUGGUUCUAGGAAAUACGGACUGGAGACUUUCAAGUCUUAUUAACGGCAUUAUAUCAACAUUGGCUAGUUGUGGAGGCCUUGUUGUCGUUGACGAAGAAGAGAAGACUGCUCGGCUAGUACAUCACAGUUUUAAGCAGUUCCUCCUCACUGGAUUUAGAGACCCGAACGAUGGAGAAUUCAUAAUAGACCUCGCACACAAAAACGUCGCCGAUACCAUCGUUACCUAUCUCAACUAUGGGGUUUUUGGAACCCAGUUGUCGACUGCUGUGGCUCCUCGCAUGAAAAUGGGAUCAGCGCCGUCAGAGAUCGUUCGAGAAGCAAUAGGCUCCAGCAUGGGCCGAACCAUUGCGUUGAAAUUAUUGAAGUCUAGGAAAAUGCCUAACUUUGAUAUGGGUAAGACCACUAUGGAUACAAACAGUCGCUGUUACACGCGUUCACUGGAUCACUUUUACUUUUAUGAUUAUGCGAAGUCGUUCUGCAUGCAGCAUAUCAUAUGCGCCCCGAAGCAAGAGCGAUCUCUGAUCAAGUUGUUGCUUCGAUUACUGAGCAAAAACAUUAUCAACGCAAAUAUUGCACUUGAAGACAACCGGACGCCGCUGUCGUGGGCGGCUGAGAAUGGUCACGAGGCCAUCGUUAAGCUGCUACUUGUCAGAGAUCAGGCUUUCAGGGUUAUCGAAUUGCUAGAGAAAAGAAGAAGAGGAGGAAAAGGGCCUCUCUUCUUCUAGAGUUCUAAAUACGCGUAUUCUCAUUCACCUAGACACUGGUCUGAGGCCGCUAGGCCACAACCUAUAGUCUGGGCGUAUAGCCCAAGACUCUUACAUGGGAAGGGGUGGGCAGUUCGGACUCCUCUUUAUCUUCUGGUCCUCUCCGCUGCCGCUAAUUAGCGGACGGUUCCUCAUCCUCUUCCUCUUCCUUAGAUUCACCAUCGUCGUCUCAGCAUCUUCAUCAUACACGUCCUCCUCCUCCUCAUCAUCCUCCUCACC